AUGCACAUUUACAGAAUUCACCCACCGUGCACCCAUCAGACGACGGAUGUCAAGGUCAACACGGUCACACCUGCCCUCUUCAAGCUCGCCGCCACCUCCUCGGCCAUGGCAGAUGCUGACCUGGCAGAGGUCACCGCCAUCAUCCAGCCUCUCGGCCUCUCCGCCACCAAGGCCAAGCACCUCAAGGGCAUGAGCAAAAUGCUGGUCGCGCUGCAUGGCGGCCAGGUCCCAUCCAGCUACGCUGAGCUGGAGGCCCUGCCAGGGGUGGGCCACAAGACGGCCUCCGUCAUCAUGUCACACUGCUUUGGCGUGCCGGCCUUCCCAGUGGAUACGCACAUCCAUCGCCUGGCGGAGCGCUGGGGUCUGUCCUCGGGGAAAAGUGUGGAGCAAACGGAGGCCGAUCUAAAGGCCGUGUUCCGGGAGGAGUUGUGGAACAAGCUUCACCUCCAGCUCAUCUGGUUUGGCCGGCAGCACUGCUCGGCUCGGGCCCACAACCCCCAGGCCUGCCCAGUGUGCGUCUGGGCGGCGCCUAACCGGGCCAAGGAGUGA